AUGCCGGCUCCGAACGCAGACAACAGUCCGAGUCGACGGCCGUUGACGACAGAUGAGAUGAAGAGCUGGACCCGUAUGUUGUUGGCUCGGUGUGAGAUCGACCUGACCGACCGGAGGAUCACUUCCCACAGCUGCAAGUGCACAUUGUUGAGUUGGCUGUCCAAGCAUGGUGACCUGUGGGAGGAUAGGCAAGUGCUUGGUGGGCACGUGUCUUUUAUCAAGUCGACUAUCACUUACAGUCGUGAAGCCAUGGCCAGACCUUUGCGAGUCCUGGAGGAGCUGCUCAAUGAUGUGCGUGUUGGCCGUUUCCGCCCAGAUGAGACCCGGAGCGGAAGAUUCAGGGACGUGGUUCUGGAGGGUUGCCCCAUGGGCGAAUCCUUCGCGUCAACACCUUUUUCACUCGUUGGUGAAUGGGUCGAAGCCAGUGAGCCUUGUAACAAACCACGAGAAGUUGAGGUGACCAACCAGAGCCGAGAGUCUGCCGAAAUCAUUGAGGUCGACCCUGACAGCCCGAAGAGGGAAGAGGAGGACAAUGCAUCAUCAGAGGCGCCGGAUACAUCCACAAGCUCAGAUGAGAGUGCCGCUGUCCUCAGUGGGGCCAGGAGACCGCUGCGUGUUCCUACCGUGCCGGACUCUUUGAAGCUUGUGCAGCAUACGAAGCUUCGAACUUUGCAUUGCAUGGAGAAGGAACACCAGCUCAUCUUGUUGUGUGGUCGCAAAGCAGUGCCAGAAAGAUACGGCGUGGUAGAGGAGGUAACAGCAGGUGAUGUGACAGAGCCUGGCAAGACAUUGCCCUUCAUCGAGAAGCAGAGGAGGUUGAGAGCUCAGCAAACGCGCAUCACUGGAAUCAGUCAUAAACACGAGCAGCAGGCCUCUCAUGCUUUGAUUGAUGCAGCCUUCAACAUUCUUGAGACCGGUGCAGUUGUUUACCUGCCACCUUCGAAGUGUGGCUCGCGAGAUGCUGAAAUCCAGUCAGAAGCAAAGAACAAGCAGAAGCAGUUAUUGACUUUGGAGCAAGGAACUAUCAAGGCCACAGCCUCAGAUGCCCUGGUCUCUGUGGACAUUGGGACUGAGAUGAAAUUGAUGUACGCCCUUCAGCGUGAGAAACGUAGCAUUCAGCAAGAAGGUGACAAGGUGUCCAACCCGCCCCCGAAGAAGCAGAAGCAGCCCAAGCCGGGUGCCCAGCGUUCGCCUAGCCAGUGCACUGCGAUUGACAAGGACCCAGGCCGUUCAGAAAACUUUCCGGUGUACGUUUGUGACAUUACCAAUGAAGAACAGUUCUUGAAUUUGCGCACUUAUCUGGAAAAAGAGAGAAGUGCAAUCUUGCAUGCACACUUUGCUCCAAGCUGUGGUACUGCUUCGCGUGCAAGAGAACGGCCAAUUCCAGGUUUCAAAACCGCUCCAAAGCCUUUGAGGAGUGAUGCUCAUCCAGAUGGCCUACCCAACUUGACGGAGUCGGAGCAUCAAAGGGUGUCAGAGGCUAACAGAAGUUAUGCAGCGAUGUCGGAGCUUAUUUUUGCUUUGGUGGAAUUGGGAGUCAGCAUCAGCAUUGAAAACCCUCGCAACUCUUUGUUGUGGAAGACUUCCUUCUUAAAGCAUUUGUUGGGCAAGUUGCCAACCUACCAUGUUUGCACUUUUCACCAUUGCAUGCACGGGGGAAAGCGUGAUAAAGACACUGCUUGGUAUAGCUUCAACCCGCGUGAUCCGCAGAGGGAUUUGUUCGCGAGCUUGGCACUGAAGUGUAACAAACAACACCAACACGCGCCCUGGAAACCCUAUGUGGAUGCCUCAGGGAAACGAAUUUUCCCAACAGCAGAUGAAGCCGCUUAUCCGCACUUGCUGUGUGAGCGCGUUGCAUACAUCUUGAGGACAGAGGCCACAAAGGCGGGCUUCAUUUUUCCCACUGACUUGCACCAACAGUUGGACCACACCAAUGUCAGUGCAAAACGCCAGCUGUUUACAACACAACCUAGAGGUCGUCGUCUCAGGCCGUUGGUCUCUGAGUUCUCGGGUUAUGUAACGGUGGUAACCUUGCCUGAUAGGUCCGAAUUUUUGGAGCAAACUCUUCGUACACUCCCCAAGGGAGCUCGCAUUUGUCAUCGGGUUCUCCAGCAGCGGGGGUGGAAUCGGGAUGACAUGGCACAGAAAUCACGCACUGUUGUCGUUGACGAGAGGUGUGGCACGGAUGGGCAAUGUGAAGUAGUGAACAUUGGCAUCCCAAGGGAACCCAGUGAGUUUAUACAAGAAGCCUUGAACAAGGGUCACCCUAGAGACAUCAUUGCAAACAUACGGGACGCCGAGCGGGACCUGCUUUUGAAUUUGGUGCAUCAACCUCGCUCUGUUCGUUUCCAAAAGCGUGCAGCCUUCAUGAAGAAAUGGCUUAAGAGAUCCUUGGAGCUGAAAGAAAGCGAGCAGAAGUUGCGUGAUUCCCUUGCGCCACACUUGGUCCCCAUCCUGAUGGGUAAACGGCUCUUGUUGUGGAAGGAGAUCUUGAUUGACCUUGCAUACUCUGACGUAGCCGUUAUCGAUGAUGUUGUAAAAGGGUUCGCAUUGACAG